AUGGAGCCAGGCGAUCAGCAGGCCAGCGUCCUAGACGCUCUGCGCGAAAUUCAGCGCACUCAAUCACUUCUUGUGAACGCUGUUGAGUCGCUAUCGGGCAAGUCGAUAGACGACGCGGCCGGGCCCAACGGCGACCUCACUGCCAACAGCAUUUAUGUCCAAGACUCACGCAACGAAGCUGACGAGAGCGAAUCGCCUUCCGUGGAGUCUCCUCUCGAAUCUGCGGACAAAUUGAAGGCUCCGGCUCCUCCAACGCCCAGUCAACGCCAAGGCUUUACGUCGCGCAUUAUCUUGACGACGUAUCCUAAGCAAAUUGGAAUCAAGCCUUUGCCUAUGGACUGGGGAAACUCAGAUCCUCUUAAACGUGGCCCUAUCGUAGUUUCCAGGGCUGCCUCCACUAUCCGACGCCGUAAUGCUGUUGGAGUCGAUUCCGAACCAAUUGAGUUAUUGCAAUACAUACUGAACGAGAUUCCCAGUGGUGGUUCGUACUCCAUCUACUACGCCCUCGCUGUCGCCAGCAACGAGCUGAACAGCGACCAUCGACCCGAUUUUACCAACACCGAGCCGGCCGCGAAGAUUGGUCCCUUCCCUCAAUGGGGAGACCCCGGCAAGAUCGUGGCGAUGGACCCUUGGGGUCAUCUUGCCCCCUGGAUUUUCAAAGACACCAUCGAGAAAGACGAUGUCGACAUUCGACCGACCAUUGCCAUCACCAAGGCUCAUAUGAAGCUACCCGAGCUUGCCGAGAGUGUCAAGGCUGGACGUUUGGUUCCUGAUGGCAAGGUGUGCCUCAAUGAGCAGGGUGAACUGGCUGUCACCAAAUUCGCCGUUGAGCCUGUCUGGUAUCUACCUGGUGUUGCAGAGAGAUUUGGCAUCGAUGAGGCUACACUCCGACGUUCCCUGUUCGAACAUACUGGAGGAAGUUACCCUGAGUUGAUCACUCGCGGAGACAUCAAAGUCUUUCUUCCGCCUAUCGGUGGCCUUACUGUCUACUGCUUCGGGGAUCCUGCGAAGAUGUCGGAUGAGUCUGUUCGACUGUCUCUGAGAAUCCACGACGAGUGCAACGGCAGUGACGUGUUCGGAUCUGACAUCUGCACUUGCCGACCAUACCUCAUCUUUGGUAUCGAGGAAGCCGUCAAGGAGGCGCAGAAUGGUGGAAGUGGCGUAGUCAUCUACUUCAGAAAGGAGGGACGAGCCCUGGGAGAAGUUACUAAAUAUCGUAAGGAUGAUAUCCCUUCGUUUCGGGAACACAACCGGCUUGUCUACAAUGCCCGUAAACGCGGAGCCGAUCGAGCAUCAGACUAUUUCAAGCGGACCGAGAACAUUGCUGGGGUCAAGGACAUGCGAUUCCAGGCUCUGAUGCCGGACAUCCUGCACUGGCUAGGCAUCAAGAAGAUCGACAGGAUGCUUAGCAUGAGCAAUAUGAAGCACGAUGCGAUCGUGGGACAGGGGAUCCCGAUCCAUGAGAGAGUCGAGCUUCCCGAGGAGCUGAUACCGGCCGACUCGCGAGUCGAGAUUGACGCCAAGAUUACAGCUGGCUACUUUACGACGGGCAAACGUAUGACGACUGAGGAGCUGCAGGCAGUCCAGGGAAGAAUCUGGGAAGACUUCGACCACUAA